CUGGGUCCACUCAGAUCAAUAGCACCAGAGGGAGAGGACAGAGUCACCAGAAGCCUUGCGAGGACCCUACAAGCCUGGACCCCCUUCCCCUCAUGCUUGAUGUGUAGGGAGUUGGAAAGACCAGAGUCAUAGAAGGGGGUCAUCAAAACCCAGUAACCCCCUUUGCUGUGUCUGCUGUUCCAUCAUGUCUUUCCCACAGCUGGGCUACCAGUACAUUAGACCCCUGUACCCCUCUGACAGGCAGGGUGCGGGGAGCACUCGCAGCGGGGCAGAUCUUUCUCCAGCUGGGACUUUGUCUAAUGUUCUCUCUUCUAUGUAUGGAGCUCCUUACGCCGCAGCUGCAGCAGCCCAAGCCUAUGGAGCCUUCCUGCCUUACACAACGGAGCUGCCCAUCUUCCCACAACUGGGUUCCCAGUAUGAGAUGAAGGACAACCCAGGGGUUCAACAUGCAGCUUUCCCUCAUCAUCAUCCAGCUUUUUACCCCUAUGGACAAUACCAGUUUGGAGAUCCAUCAAGGCCAAAAAAUGCUACCAGAGAGAGUACCAGUACUCUCAAGGCCUGGCUCAAUGAACAUCGGAAAAACCCUUACCCAACCAAGGGUGAGAAGAUCAUGCUGGCGAUUAUCACCAAGAUGACCCUCACUCAAGUGUCUACCUGGUUUGCCAACGCAAGGAGGAGACUUAAAAAGGAGAAUAAAAUGACCUGGGCCCCCAGGAGUAGGACAGAUGAGGAGGGGAACUCUUAUGGAAGUGAUCACGAGGAGGACAAACGCGAGGAUGAGGAGGAAAUAGAUUUGGAGAACAUUGACACCGAGGAAAUCGAGAAUAAAGAAGAUCUGGAUGACCAGGACACGGAUAUACAUUCGGAUUCCAAAACUGACGUCAGGAGUGACUCUGAGGGUUCUGAUGGUUUUGAGGAUCUCAAUGUGACUGAGGACAGGUUCCUGAAGUCAGUGGUUGUGGACAGCAGAGUGUUAGAGCAGGACAAGUGUGAACUUUCUCCCGAUGCCAAAGCUCUUCAGCCACCAUGUGAUCAGCUAAAACUGGAUACAGUGUCUCCGAGUCCACCCCAAGAAAGCAAUUUGCAGGCGGCCCAUAAACCCAAAAUCUGGUCCCUGGCAGAGACAGCCACGGCACCAGAUAACCCACGAAGGUCUCCCCCAAGUAGUGGGUCAGUGAACACUCAGAACUUGAUACCACAGCACAGACUCAUCACCUGCCCAGGUAGCAGGUUCCAGACAUGGACAGGGAGGGCAUUUUCUGCUCAACAAUUAUCUUUACUAAACUCUGCUCACUUUCUGCAAGGACUGAGUGUAACUCACACAGCCUCAGCUGCAGGCAACGCAGGCUUUACCAAGCCAGGAGAGCACACUCACAGUACAGACUCCGUAACAGAUCGACCCAGCACGUUGGAUUUAGAAAAGAAAAAUCUUAAUACAGCCUUCCAACCUGUACAAAGACGGUCACAAAAUCAAAUUGACGCUGCUAUGAUCCUCUCUGCGUUAUCUUCGUCAUAACAUAAUUUUGUACAUAUUUUUUAAUAUUUUUUUUUAAUUUUAUUUUAUUUUUACCUUUGUUGUAAUGAUCUGUAAAAUAUUUCCCCGGAUAGUUACAUAUUAUAAGCAUGCCCGUGUAUAAAGCGAAUUAAAAAUCAGUUUCUAUCCUCUCAUGCUGGUUCUUUUAGUUCCUACGGUUUUGUCUUGUGAUAAUUAAAUGUCGCUAUUUUUUGUGUGUAUAUAUAGUAAACUAUGUAUAUAUAUAUCUUAAAACCAAAUUGUACAUGAAAGUAUAUAUUUUUGGUUAAUAAAUGAAUUGUUGCCAAUUUAACUAAAGAAA